GCGACUUCGACUCACAACUCCACCUAACAACACGAUACCACCACACAUAGCCUCCAUCUCCAGCCAUGAAGAGUGUGUUCCGCAACCCAGCCACUUCGGAAACAAGAUCUGCUAUUUUCUGCAAAGAUGAUAUACUUCUAUUCAAAAAGAGAGAAAAAUACAUGUAACAGGCAGACGCUUGCAAUUUUCUCUGCAGCGUGAGACCCUUCACGCAGGAACCGUUCCUGCUGUUACGAGCCUCAGCCUGAACGUGGUUUAUGAGUUUUGCUUUAUAUUCAUUUUAUUUAUGUUAUCGGCUUGGUUGGAAUAAAGCACGCAUACGUAAAAUGUUGACUCCAAAGGAUGGUCCUUCCUGUUAAAUAGGCGCAUUCAGAAUAACUGGCUGCAAUUUUCGGAUGCAAGAAAAGGCAAGGUUUUGGCGAUCUAAGAUGAAAUUUCCAAUAGAACCGUCACGAAAGCACACUAAUUGUGAGCCACCAGCGGCUGUUCCAUCCACUGUGCAAGCCUGUGACUCAAAGACCAACGGGCACUACCCCGUGUCCAGGUUGUCGAUCUCCUCCCGAACCACGGUGAUAGCUAGCAUGGACAGUUGCCCCCAGACAUCGCCUACAGUCAUGAAGUGGAAGACAGUGCUGGCCAUUUUCGUGGUGGUUGUGGUUUACCUGGUGAUCGGGGGCACGAUCUUUAGAGCUCUAGAAAAACCUUUCGAAAGCAAGCAGAAGGAUAAGAUCGCGGAGGAGAAAUCCAAAUUUCUUCGAAAUCACCCAUGUGUGAACUCCGGGGAGGUUGAUGAGCUGAUUGAGCAUGCAAUUGAAGCUCUUGGUGCAGGAGUAAACCCUGUAGGUGACUCAACUGACAAUACAAGUCAUUGGGAACUUGGCAGUGCAUUUUUCUUUGCUGGGACCGUGAUAACUACUAUAGGCUAUGGGAAUAUUGCACCCAGUACUCAUGGAGGGAAAAUAUUCUGCAUUUUAUAUGCAUUAUUUGGCAUUCCACUUUUCGGCUUUCUAUUAGCAGGGAUUGGGGAUCAAUUAGGCACAAUCUUCGGUAAAAGUAUUGCAAGAGUGGAGAAAGUAUUCAGAAAAAAGCAAGUGAGUCAAACUAAAAUACGAGUCAUCUCCACAAUCCUUUUCAUUUUAGCGGGUUGCCUUGUUUUUGUGACUAUCCCAGCAAUUAUUUUUAAACACAUCGAAGGAUGGACAACACUGGACUCCAUCUAUUUUGUUGUUAUCACCUUGACAACAGUAGGAUUUGGUGACUAUGUAGCAGGUGGAAACAUAACUAUCCUUUAUCGAGAAUGGUAUAAGCCUUUGGUCUGGUUCUGGAUCUUGGUUGGCCUGGCUUACUUUGCAGCUGUCCUCAGCAUGAUCGGAGACUGGCUGCGUGUGAUAUCCAGGAAAACAAAGGAGGAGGUUGGUGAGAUUAAAGCCCAUGCUGCUGAAUGGAAAGCUAAUGUGACAGCAGAAUUCAGGGAAACUCGGAGACGGUUAAGUGUGGAGAUUCAUGACAAACUUCAGAGGGCAGCAACGAUCCGGAACAUGGAGCGAAGGCGGCUUGGUUUGGACCAGCGAGCUCAUUCCCUGGACAUGCUCUCCCCUGAGAAACGGUUAGCAUUUGCAGGUCUGGAAACAGGCCAGUUCAAAGCAUCAUCUCAGGAAAGUAUAAACGGCAAUGCUAACAGUCUGCAGCAGAAGGAGGCAAGGCAAUAUGACAAGCACAUGCAAGGAGCGUCAGAAGACAAUAUCAUCAAUAAAUGUGGAUCUUCUUCGAGAGGAGUCAAGAGAUACAAAAAUAAAGAACUUAAAAGAGAAAUAGCAGAGGAUGUUAGAAAAAUAUAUGAAACGUUUGGGAAUUGUGCAGUGGAUCAAGAGAAAAAGGAUCAUGAAGAAGAGAAAGAAAGCAACACAGAUGUUCCAGCGAUAACGAGUUACGUUCAGCACCCAGAGGCAGAGCAUGAUGGGGUAACUAAUGAAACCAAAAAUCCAGAGAACAGGAACUUACUUGAAAAGAAGAUAUAAAAUUAUUCAGUGAACAAUGUAACAACUUUGAGGAUUUUAAAAAUUCUUGACAUGUGCCUUAUCAUUUUCAAAAUGUGAGAACGUUAUUUUAAACACGUGCAUGGUCCACGGAACCUUUAAUUUGCCACUGUGAUAUAAGGGUUUCACUACCAAAUAUCAGACUUCAGCUGUUUGAAACAUGACCAUGUGCUUUGAGAAGGACCAUACAAACAUGGGGAAAAUGUUAAGAGGACCUAUUGCUCAUUACCAAUGCAGUAUAUUUUAGGAAGGAAGUGGAUGGCUCGAUACAUUGUUAUCAGAUGUCCCACUUAAUCUCUGUGUAUGUUUACUACUGAGAGGAUUCAACUUUGGAAUAUUUAUUUCCUCUAAUUUAUUAUAACUGUUAUACAAUUUUUAAACGUCAAUUUGUGCGAACACCUUGUGCAUCUGCUUGGCGUGUGCUGUAUGACCCUUUUAAGAUGUUACAUUUGUGAUAACAAUAAGACUUCUGCCUGCAGAACAAUGUGGCGAAGUUACAUUGUUACAAUGUCCUUGUGUAAUUGCUAAAGAGUAACAUAAGCACUGAACGAAAGUCUGCAUGUUCACAUCUUUGUAAUUUAAUAUGCAACUUCUAAGACUAAUCUUGAUAAAUGUUGAUUUCUCAGGGCUCUCUUGUCCUGCUAUUACAAAGUUUCCUAUAUUAGGUUUUAAACAUUAUAGGGUGUUGGGAAUACUAUUACACACAAGUAAUGAUUCAAAGAAAGCAUGUUGGUUAUACUGAUCUAUGAUCAUUCUCUUUGUUGUCUGUGAUUCUUCUGCAAUUACUACAAUUAAUUAGUAUUGGUUCUUGAAAAUUAAUAUCAAUAAAAUGAAGACAGAGCCUGUCAAAGUUAAGCAGGUAUUUUUAAUUGAUGUUUCACCAAUUUUUUCUUUUCCUUGGUAUUAAGGCUACACCCUUGAUUCCGUCUUCCUGUUGAAGAGGCUGGUAAAACAGGUUAGACAUCCUGAAGUUGCCUAAAGUGCAGAUGCUGCAGUUCAAAAAGAUCAAAAAGAUAUUUUUCCAGGGUCAAACAUUUCUCCUCUGCAGAAUUCUUAAUUUAUAGGCCUAAUUGGGAACACACAGGCAAAAUUCACAGGAUACCUGAUAUAUUUAUGUCAGAAAUUACCCAGACUGGAACUGGCAACCUUGGAUAUUUACCAAGUGGUUUUGAAGUCACAAAAGACAAAGAGCUUGGAAAUGCAUGCUCUGAGGACUAUUCUGGCUUAAACACUUUGUACACUUUAGAUUCCCAAUCACACCAAAUUUCACAGACUUGGAGAAAGGAACUUAGUAAUAACGCCUUCAGUGACUUAGCUGUGCAUUUGUUAAGGCUCUGGCAAUAGAAUCGGGGAACGUUCCAAAAUGGGCCACUGCCUAUGUUCUUUUAUUCCCUCUUGCCAUGCCCCUCACUGCCAGAAAACCAUGUGCAAUCUGUUAAAGCAUUUCUAGCCUGCAUCAGUGGUGUUUCAUUUCUGUUGUUGCAAAUGUAUUUGAGAUUCUGUGCUGACCCAUCAUGAAUCCUCACCAGGAGCUGGCUUCAGAAAGAAAUCCUGGCUGAUUUCGUGACAGUCCCAACAGGCUCACGGAUAAAGCUACAUGAGGUUUCUGGUGAAAAUUUGGAUCGUAGAUUGUGGCCAUGUUUUUAAGCAUAGAACAAUCUAUGCCCAGCAUAUUUUGAAACAGCAGUGGAAUUAUGCAAGUAAAAAUCAAUUAAAGGGCAGAUACGGAAAUCUGAAAUAAAACCAGAAUAUUCUGGAAAUACUUGGGGGUCAGGCAGCAUCUGAAGAAAGAGAAAUAGAGUUAUUGUUUCAGAGUGAAGACCGUAUUGGGUUAAUGUAAGAUUAUUUCCAACUGGUUAAUUGAAAAUCCAAUUUUCAUAUUUUUUCAUAUUUAUUUCUUUCUGUAAAGUUGUAAAAUUUUUGAACUAAAGAAUGAAUAAUUUUCAAAUGUUUUCUUUCUGUGAUUAUUGUUUGUCAGCAUCAAUGACUGUGUUCCAUCAGAUUUCAUCUCGAAGUUAAAGAUAAGUAAUAUUCUAUGAAACCCAUUGAGUUUGAAUUUUCAUAUAACUCACAUCGUGAGCUCUUCAGGAGAGUAACAUUUAUGUCAGUGUUGUGCCAUUAUGUGGCAUUAUUUCAGCUAUGGAGUGCAAUGCGAUUUUGCUAAACUAAAAAUAAACACCAGGGAAAUAACCCCUCAG